AUGGAGAUAUGCGUUCAGUUGCAUUCCAUCUCACAGCUGCCAGAUCUGAGGAUUGGCGGAACUCCAAAGUAUCUUCUUGCUACUCACUACGGUGGUAAAGAUUCCCUGCUCUUGCCCUCGAUCUUGGCUCCCUCAACACUUAAGCCCAUACCAAAGAGGGAUGUAGAUGCUCACGACAAUGAAUGCCCCUGUCUUUCCUUUUCCAAUGAUUCGAGCGUUCGCAUGUCGUUUUCUCCGGAGGAAAUCUUGGAUGGAAUGGGGCUCCAUGCAAAGAUAGACUCCAUCAAGUCUCCUAUGAACAUCCAUCCUGCCACAAUUGACACUAUUUGUACUAGGCUGAUUAACAUGCAUCUCGGACUUGACCUGCUGGUGCUUGUUCCAGCAUCAAGUGUCUCGUUAUUAGCCCCCAAAAAGGCCGCCCCUAGCAGCAAAGGCCAACCAGCAGAAGAGGUAGAUCUUCUAUGCAUUCCGAUUUCCCAUGCGCGCAUUGAUACGUCAGAGCACAUUAUCAAAGCAUUGUCAACUGCGGGUGGGCUUUCUUUCCUUCACUCGACCACAUUUGUCCUGAAAAAUAGCCUUUUGGGAUUGUUUGGAGAUGUGCUCAUUGGAGACUCUGAUACAGCUGGAGACUUCAUGAUAGAUGCAUGUAUUUCGGUAACUGUAACCAUGUCUGAUUUUAUUCUGAGAAAGAUGUUAAGUAACACAGCAUCCACGGGUGUUGUGGACACCAAAUCCAGAGAUGUCACCAUAGGUACCUUCCAGUUCCACGCUAUUAACUUUCACGGUCUUUACAAUAUUCCCGGUGCAAAUUGGACCAUGGAAUUUACCAUACCAGUUGAAACUGAUGAUGACGGAACAGUGCGGUCGGCGAUCUAUUGCACUUGUGGAGGAGGUAGAGUUAAGCAAGCUCCUCUAGCCUCCUUGGCUCAACCAGCAGCCCAGGCCACAAAGAAAGACCAAUCAGACCUCACGUCAGAACAAGCACUUGAGAAAUUUGAAAGGCUUGCUGCUGGUGUUACGGCCUACAUGCCUGUUAGUACUGAUUUAUCGCUGUCAAAAUCGAACUUUUCUGGAGCCUUUUCCACUGGCCGUACAGACAUAGCAAGCAGACACACAGCGUCCUCACACGGUGUACUCAGGGAUCGGGGAAAGGGCCUUGCUUAUCGCCUCACUAUGGACCUGCAAGAGUACCUUUUAGUUCGCGAUGUCGCUGGCUCAACUGACACGGCUGCACAGUUGACCUUCCCAGAUCACACGGCUAUGAGGCAGCACGAAAGCUUGGUAGAGUAUGCGCUCUAUGUGGAGGAAAUUCUGAACAAUUACUCAGCAUCCAUCUCAAGAAGAAUAGAGGAAUAUGUGGCUUCUCAUUCAAGCACCAUAAGUAUAGACGAUACUAGAGCCCCUCGGCCUCAAAGUAAGGGUGCAAGCUCCAGUAGAGAUGCAGCAGGUAGUAGUACUCGUUCUCAGGGAGCAUCCGUCCGGUUUGUGGCAGAGAUCUUCGAACCCUUCUUGUUAGGAGCUCGAAAUCUUCUAAUGAGUAGAACUGUCUUGAUCUGCAUGAACAACAGGACACGUUCUCUACUAAAGCAGAGCCAUUCUGGAAAAAAAUCCAACGAAUUUAUGCUCCAAAUCCUCUUGCGUCCUUCUUACUCCUUGCAGGCAAAGUAUCUCCUUGCCAGUAAGGCAAUUUUAUCUGAAAAGAAGCCGCCAACUGCUCCCCUAGUCCCAAUAGCAAAUACACACUCUAUCUUUGCAGGUAAUGCUCAAGGGAUGACGGCUUUCUGUGCCCAGACAAAUCUAUCCUACGGCUUCAAUAGGUCAAUUAUUUAUUACACACAAGCCCCAGACCAGCCGUACAAUAGGUUCCCCUGUCCCCGCCCACAACUUCAGCAGACAAGACAGGCCUUUGCUGAACCGCUUGCAGCGUACUGUUAUACCCGGAUCAACGCUAGCUCCAUACUCAGCCCUGUCUGCCAGUAUGCAUCCUGCGAUAGUGUCUACCCAUUACUGCCAUAUGAUGAGGCAAUCUUUUCCGCCUUCUUCCCACCGGUUGUGUCUAGCUGGACUGGUGUUGCCGGCCAGGCUGGCAUAGAAGAGGAUGAGUUUGAAACUCUAUAUAAUAACGGUGUUUGUAGCGAAGACGGAUCCGAUGCUGCUUCUGUGGGUCGAUCCAGGCCCACUUCUGCAGGUAUGGAAGCCCCCAUACAACUACGUGGAAAGGCUAACAGGCAGAACCAGGGAUCAACCGUUAUGGGUGCUACAUCUGCAAAUACCAGUAUGAAGGCAGCAGGCGCUUCGGACAAGAAUGCUAAGCAGCCGGUACAGAACCCACUAUUAGCCGAAUUUAUCGGGAAAGCUGCUCGGUAUAGCAAUGGAAAUCCAAAUUAUAUAUUUGGGAACAUUCUGUGCGGGGUCUAUAGUUUAUUGGAGACGCUUUCGAGUGCGCCUCUCUCUCCUGUACCAGUUCAGAGCCCCUCACUCGAAUCUUUGUAUAUUGUUAAUUUGAUAAACAAGUACUGCAACGAUAUGCUCAACAUGACUGUUGUCUUGGACACUUUGGCCGAUUUACAGAAAAUAAUUACGAUGCCGAUGGUGUUUAACGACUCUCUUCAAUCGACUCUUAGUUUUCCUUUAAUUGGAGCUUCCAUUGGGUUCCAAUACCCUCUUUUAGCGAAUGUUCAGAUUACUCAAUCAGCACGGGUCCUGACCUCGGGUGCUGUUUCUGAAAGCGGUGGUUCUAUCUGGCCUGCUUCUCUCAGGCUUGUUAGGCACAGGCAUGCUAGGCAUGAGACCGACCCAUCAACUCGUCUAAACAGCAGUGAUGCUGGGCUAGAAGGUAGCGAUGAUGCACACCAGAGCCGGACGAAUCUGAGCAAGCGGGACAGGCAGCACAUUCUUUCGUACAUGGAUACAUAUUCUAUGGCGAAGGAGCGGCAGAAAACGAUGGUUAAUAUCAGAAGGCUUGUGGACAGCUGGAGAGAUGACAUUACGGCUCGCUACAAACAGGUCUGCAAGCCUUUGAAGACAGAGGCCACGCAGCAAGGCCGGACCACGAUAUCCUAUUCUGACAUCCCGGAGGAAAAUGCAAAGAUGAAGGCCAUCAUUCAGGCCGGACGUCAGUUGGCUUUACGCGGUCUCCAGGGCCAGAUCCUGACGCAGAAUGCCCUGGUGACUCCUGCUAUUCUACCGCAAAUCUCAGCUCUUCUGACAGAGGAAAAGUCGGAGGUGGCAAAUGACUACUCCAUUAAGAACUUUAAACUGUUAAUUCAAAACGAGGGCUUCGUAGAAAUCCUCAGCAGACGAAUUCUUCUGCAGCUGGAGUCUCUUGCGCACAAAGGUUUCAAUAAUAUCGACGACAUGAUGGAGUAUCUCCUAAUUAAUAUUGUUGACGGCGAGCCUCUGGAUGCAGAUAGGGAUCUGGAGAAGCCUAGGGUCAAAGGGUACAAAAUUCAGCGUCGAAUCGACAAGGAUGAUGACGACGGGUUAUCGGCACUUAUCAGCAGCGGACCACGUCUUCAAAAUACUGACCGUAAGAUCAGUCUUUCAUUAACCCAGCCGCAAAGAAAGUCUGAAACCAACUGUCAAGAUUCUAGCGUCUUGACCAACGACAGGGUCCGCGUCGUAGGAGAUAGUAUUAGUGUGCUUUUCCCAGACGUUGAUGAAGAGGAAAGAGGGCGCCUCAGUACUGCGAUAACGAAUCAGAGCAACAUCAGCCAAGAUACGUCAUACUUAGACGGGAUGAAUAGUUUGAUGAUUCCGCAGCAUGUAUCCCUUAAAGACAUCAAUAAUUAUUUGUUUAAGGCUAAAUUCUUAUCAAUCUUAGGAAUGGAUGACUGCUUGGAACUAAGCUUCAAGCUUGCAUCUGCAACGCUUGCAAGGCAGGGUCAGCUUCUUUCCAAUGACAGAAAAAUUGAUAUAUUUGAUACUACCAACAUAGCUCGCAUUUCCAAGCUUGUGAGCCGCUCCAAUUUUCAGAUCAUGGUGAGUACAAUGCUCAUUGCUGGCACGCGAUUGUCGUCACCACAUGUUGUGAGGACGUCUACAGACUUUGAGCGCUUAGCCACCUACAUGCGUGGCCCAGUGGGAGUGAUCUGUGCGUGUCUGGACAGCGAGCAGAGUAUGCAGCUUCUCGGUACAGACUCGUGUCUUUUGGCCCUUGCUAUCACCAAAACACUCUUUAAAAGCGCCAUAGGAACAUCAGAUACGUCGCAGAAGAGACAGGGGAAGCGGGGCAAGAUUGUCGUACCUCUCGGUUACGAUUACUCAGAGCAACUCCUUGUCAGCGCCCUUCUUGCCUACGAUAAUUUCAUGAAGUACCUAAUCAGUAAGGUUGCAGGCUACAACGUGGAGGAGGUCCACGUCUGGACCAAGAAUGACACCCAGUCCACCGUUGCUACCAAGUUACGUGAGAGGAAGUACAACAAGGAGGAUGUGGAUUCUAUGAUGGAGAUCUUGAAGAUCACACCCAUCCGCAACUACUACUCUAAGCAGUUUAAUGACCUGCUGGAGGGAGAGGCAAAUACACAUGUUGUCAAGCUGCCCAAAGAUGCUACAAAGAUAACUGCAUUUCCCAGCAAUGAGAGUAUCGCUGGAAGCAUUGCUGGAAGCGUGGCUAUUAGUUUAUAUGACCGCCAACCCAAACGGAUUGGAGAUGACGUAUCAGAGGUUGGAUCAACACUGCGUCGAAACGCAGCUGGCAUGAGUGCUACUACAAGCGUCAUGUCCGGGUUAUCUGGUCUUGCGAGUGAAAAGAAGGCCAAGGCUAUAUCUCCGGAACUGCAGGCCGAGCUUGACGCCAUGCCGUUCUACAAUGUGCCCGGAGAUGGAGUGUAUGCAUACCCUCCAUUUUGGGCGAUGGGUGCCUAUAUCUUUGUUCUAUGGAGCAUGAAGCUGAUGGAUGCCCGACACAUCGCCCGUGCAUUGCAGACGAGCUUUCGUAGGUAUAUUGAACUCAAACAAGAACAAUACAAGGAUGACGUUUAUUUCCAGGAACAUGGGAAGCGCAGAAAAACCAUGAAAGAUUUUGCUGAUGACAGCAUUGGAAGCGACGUCGAUAGCGGGAAGUCCUGCGAUACCACCAUCUCUGUGGACGCAGACCUUGUUGCCGGUGUGAGUCCGUCAGGUAACAACCUAUCUUGCAACACUACCUCUAUGAACAUCCAUGGGACAAACGAUGUCCACCCCUCACCGUCGCUCUCACGUCUUUCCUUUGAAGACCUGAAGAAUUACAAGUCACUAAAGAUGCAAAAGAGCAACUAUGCCAAGCAGGUCUCCAUAAAUCAUUACUCUGCCAUCCAGGAAUAUCUUAAGAGCGACACCCUUGAUGGUGGGAUGUUUGCUCCUCUUCCUUAUCGCUUCAAGUCUAAUGCUGAGUUUAUGGAGUAUGUCCUAGACUCCACAUUACCUGAAAACGAUAAAUUUGCUAAUCCUAACGACCCCGCCUCCAAAAAUAUUAUGCGCCUGUGUGCUUUUCUGUCCCUUGCAGAAUGGCUCAGUCUCAGAGGAGAAACGGUUAUUUCCACGUAUGCGACUUCUUUGGCAGAUCACAUCUUGAAGAUAAUGAUAACUUCUGGGACUGCCGCAUCAGACUCGCCCUUCUUCUUGCAUCAACAGCUUCGUGGGAUAAUUAUCUCCAUGAGGAACAUGUUAUAUGAGCGGAGAUAUGCACCUGCAUUAGAGUUUGCGGACUCUGUGCUUCGAGGAAGCCUAGGUCCCGCUCUCAUCCCGAAAGUUAAGGCGUGUCCGGCCUUUUUGUAUCUACGCGCCCGCAUAAUUACCAAUAUGAACAUUUCGCUUCUUAUGAAAGCUUAUGAUCCGACAACUAUCCAAGCAUCUGGUCAACUUGAGCAAUCCAGUCAAUAUGGCCUCAGUACCAUGUUAUCGAAUGACUCCACUCGCGCCCUUUUGAAUGAAACCUCCAGAAUGGCUAUUCAGGCGUAUCAGCUAGCGAGUAGGUCAAAGCAGGGAGGACGAGACGAUUUCUUCCGUGGCAGCACAAGCACCUAUGAUUCGUACUUGCCUGUAGAAUUUCUGUACACCAUUGCGCUCAUUCUCUUUUCGUCCAUAAAUAUAGUUGGCGUUAUACGCUCUAUUUUUGCCUCAACCUCUGUAAAGUCAAAGGAGGCGUCUUCAGAAGAAGUCAAGCAAAAGGUAGACCUUAUGUUUACUGAAGUACCCAAAUAUCAGGACACUCGUUCUAAUGCCGUCGAUGAAGAUGAUAGAAACAUGGACACCUUAAAUGACUUCACAUCAUUGUUACCUCUUCCAAAGCCGACUUAUUCAAGACAGCCCUACGAUAUUACAUCUGAUGCCACGUCUACCCAAAUGAUGUACAUGAGAGAGCAGUACAAUGCAAAUAAACUAAUUAAAGUGCAGCAGCUCAAGGACAGUAAGGAGCCCGUUAAGAUGUCUGUUGACUUGCUGAAGGAGCUGAAGGCACGAGCGAAGGAAAUAGUCGUGGAUGCGGGGGGAGACACUGAAUUGCUGACUAGUGAUAGCAGGAAUAACAGUCCUGGCCAUGGAGUGGUGGCUUCGUCGGCCAACAUUGCAAGUAUGAUGCAACAGAAGAUACAGGACACAACGGCUGUGGAUUUCGAUAACACUAUAGCGGCAUUGGCUAGUGCUACAAUUACUAACCGUACGCUAACGCCAGAGAGGACGCAGAAAGACGUUUCUCGUGCUCUUAUUCUUGCUUCCUCUGCACUGAAGAACUUGAUACUAAAAUAUCCUCAUCUAGGUCAAGCCUGGGCAUCCUUUUCUUUGACACAACUGGCCAUGGGAAAUGUUGUGGAAAGCCGUCUAUCAUCGAGUAUCGCAACGUUAUUAGCACCCGAGGCCAUUGAAUCGUGGAUUUCGUGGGUCUGUUGUGAACUGCAAGAGAUUCACGGCAUCAAAAGCUCUAAUGGAACAGUCAAUCAAUCACGUAUAGCAGAGGUUCGCAAUUAUAUGCGGCAGAUUGAAGCCAUGGGGGUACUCUAUACAAUGUUGAGAGUUGUGUGGGUUGAUAUUUGCCAGUUUGCUUCUGAGGUACUUAAGUAA